UAUAUAUCUGAAAUAAUCAACUGUUGACUUAAUCAACUUAUCAAAAUUUGAUAACAAUUUAGUGUCUUUCUGUCAAUUUAGGAAACACACAUUGUGCAAUUAAUAGUGUAUUUUAGCAUACUUUAUACUUUCAUAUGUAAAAAUUGAAGAUUUUACAAACACUGUAAGUAUAAUUUAGUUUAAUUAAUUUGUGUAACCAAUAAUACUAUUGCGUAGACAAUUUUCUGUACUUCAAAAUAUAUACAUGUAUAUAAAGUUUUACGUGUUAUAGAUUUGUUAAUAAAUUGUUUUAUAACAAAAAGUAUAAUGGGGUAAAGUUGUGCAUUUGUUCUGGGGGAAUUGUAUCAACUACAAAUGCUCAUAAAAAAUGAUGCGUGUAAUGCAUACUCCGUUCCUUUGGAAAACAAUUAAAAUUUUUUUUUUCAGGAUCCCUUUAUUUUUUUCAUUACUAUAAGAAAGUAAUUUAGGUUAAACUUGGUGAUGAUUACUUACCUCCUUCCCAUACCGCAAGAGAGUUGAAUUUUCAAAAAGCGGGUAGUUUAAAUGAAAAUAUAUAGUAUUUCCCAAAGAAAUGUAUAAGACCUUAAUUGUAAAUUGUCCAUAUAAAAUUUCUCGUAAACCGUAAUAGACAAAAUAUUUAUUAAUAGAAUUGUUCACCAUUCUGACUAAACAUUAAUGUAAAUUCCGAUAUGCCACUUAUUCCAACGAUAUCUAUACCUUCAUCUAUUAAUGUCCAAGUAUUAUCACUAGUAAAUGAACCAAUAUGUAGUAUAUGUAAAAUUAGAUUUGAAUUUACUUUACCAAUUUAAUAUAUUUCCGUUAAUAUCAUGUAUCGGUAUGUACCUAAUAACUUAUAUUUAUAUACUUAUUAGUAAUGAGUAGGUAUUUAAAAUAAAUUGCCGCAGUUUGUAUAAUGUUAAAUUUGUUUUUACCACAGUUUACAUAUCGAUUUUAGGAAAAAAAUAAAUUUUGCCGCAGUUUGCAAUCUCUCGUUUUUCAUAAAGCAUAUUGACUUAACUAAAAAAAAAAAAAACAUAAUGUACUUAAUUUUUCAUAGUUACUAAUAGCUGUACUAAAAUGAUUUAAAAAAAUUCCCAUUUGAAUUUUACAUCAUCUUAUUUGACGUACCCUUUCCUUAAUAUUAUCGUUGAUAACAUAACAAUCAUAAUACUGUAUUAUAAUAUUCGCAAUAAUAUAUUUAUCUAAUUUGGUUCACGUAAUUUCCUAUAUAGUGCCUAAUAUAUAAUAUUAUUACCUACUUAAAACAUUGUAAGUCUGGGGCUCAUUCGUUAUAAUUAUUAUUAUUGUUAGUUUGAUCGAGAUUCGUGAUAUCUGUUCAUUGAAGUUGUAAGUAGGUACCUUUAAUCGUCGAUAUACGAUUUGAAAUUGUUCGCGUUUGUUAUUAGUUUAUAUAAAAAUAGACAAAUAAAUUAGAAGUGAUUAUCGAAUAGGUAUUUUUAAUCAGAUCGGAAGAGUUACAACUUCCCUGUUUAAUUAAGCUUUCUUUAAACCGAAAAAUGGUAUUGGUAUAUGCAAACUGUUCGCCUUGUUAAUAGAGAAAGUGCGGCGUUGAGCUGUGCGCAAAUGUUGCAUCUUUUUGGGAAAGAUUGUUAAUUAAUAAUUCCUAUUAGAGUGGUACAAGGUUAGGUUAUGCUUAUUUGCCUCAUUUCUAUGAUCUAAGCACGAUUAGAUGUAUAAAGGUAUUAUUAACGAUUAAUUUUAAUAAUCUUUAAUCGUGGAUCUAAAUUAUUAACAUAAUAUAAACCACGGUCUAGAACCAUGCUCAUUAUCAAUUGUGAUUAUAGCGCCUCUACAUUUACUUUAUCGCAAAUAGCGGUACUUACUACUUAGUAUUAGAUUUAAUCAUCGAGAUAAAUAAAUAAUACAAUACAAUAGUAUUGUUUAUCUAUUUCGAUAGAUUUAAUAAAGAAUUAAAGUGGAUAUGGAUAUCCACUUUGGAAUAAAUAUUUAUUAUCUAUGCCCUAUCGUAUAUUACCAAAAUCAUUCUGUCUAAAUCACGCCACAUUUGCAUAGACAUAAUAUUAUUAUCUAUAUUGUUAUGGUUCACCUUAUCAGAUAAUAAUAAUAAAUUAUGUAAAAAAAAUUGAAUAGAAAUAUUAAAGAAACAAUAGCCGUGAUGGACAAAAAAAAACCGACUGAAGAGAAGACAAGGGAAGAAGUCGAGGCUGAACGAAAAGCCAAGCGAGCAGCCAAACAAGAACGAAAGAAAGCAGCGCUGGAAAAACAUAAGUCUGACGAACCAGAUAGCCUACCAAAGCCGAAAGACCGAUCUUUGGAACCAUCUAAAAAGGUUAAUACUAAUGAACUUGUCAAAGAACCAAAACCGGUGAGUAAAAUAAACGGUACAUCAUUUUUUGGUAAAGUCCAUUCUGUUGUUUAUCGUAAUAUAUGAUGCAACUGUUUACCCCAAGACUAUAUGAGCACAGUAAAUCUUGCGUUAAGGGUCACCUCUAAAAGAUGGUCAUCUCUGUGUAAUGGUCAUUUUUUUCGGUCUCAUCAAGUGGUUUGCCUCUAUAGGAAACCUUUAAAGGCAGUCUUUAUUUCCGGUCACUUUGAUAAAAGUUUUACUGUAUUUUCUUAUUAUUGUUUAAUUAGUUUCAAUUGAUAUUUUCUCUAUAUUAAAAACGCUGGCGUAUCAAUGUAAUAAAAAUAAUAAUGCGACCAUAGAUUUCUUAAAACUAAAAAAAAAAAUUGAAUGUUUUCACUAGAAAAUUAAGAUUAUAACAUAAUAGUUACUGAUUAAAUCCUUUUAUUUCUCUCUUGGUUACAAUCCUAAGACUGGUUUGCAGCUAAUUUCUAUUCUUCUCUUCUAUCCACCUUCCUUUUCAUUUACACACAUGAAUCACAUCCUUGAUCCCUUAUUAAUUGUUGAAUAUACCCCAAUCUUGGCCUUCCUCUAUGAUUUUUUCCUUCCACAUUUCCUUCUAUAAUUAAUUUUAAUAAUCCUUCAUGCAAAAUUGUAUGUCCUAUCUAUUCAUUCAGUCUUUUUACUGUACUUUUUCAUAAUAGUGUUCCUUUUGACAUUAUUUCAAGAACCUCCUUAUUAGUUAUUUUAUCCAUCCAGCUUAUUUUUAACAUCCUCCUAUAGCCCCACAUUUCAAAUGCUUCCUAUGCUUCCUAAAUUCAGUUUCCUUGGUUAUUUUAUUGAUAUUAUCCAGGUCUCACACUCAUAUUGGGCUAUACUCCAUUCAUAUUCUAUAUACAUUAAUUUUUAUCAGAGAAAACAUCAUGUUGCUGAUACUUGGGAUGAUAAUGCGGUGAUAUCCUGCUGCCUUCCAUAUCAGUAGCAUUUCUUAUUACUAAGGAAUGCCGUUCAAGCAUAAAUAAAUUAACACUUGAUACUUGUAGCACUGCUCCCCACCACUUGGUCCAUUUUAGUCGCCUCAUACGACAGGCAUAGACUACUGAUUAAAUAUGUACUCCUAAUCUUAAAAGAUAGUUAUUUAGUACUUAAAUUUUCCCUCAAUUAUAUCGUUAACUUUGUAUUAAUUUUUAAUAAAUACAGAGAUAAAUACCUAAAACAAGACUAUACAUUUAAUACAUAUAUUUAUGUCUUUAUUAUAUAUUUUUUAUAAUGAAAAAAUAAAAUAAUUCUAUUUUAUCUGAACAUUUUAUUAGUAUUGUUAAUCUGUAGAUGAACCUACCACAAUGUGUACAAAAAUUAUUUAGGUUAGGUACCUAGAUAAAAAUAUAAAUAUAAUUUGUACUUAUUUACACAAUUAUUUUAAGAUGUUGUUAUUCAAGACAAAAAUAUAAAUAAAUUUAUUUUAAAAAGAUAAAAAACAAGUUUUGGAUAAAAUCAAAAAAAAAUAAUUAACGCCAUUUUAUUGGUGUUAGAUAACUAGGAACAUUAAAAAAAAACUUAUUUAGAAAUAAAAUAGUCUACACAAAAGUGCACCAUAAGUUUAUAUGUCUAGUAAUGAAAAUGAUAAUGGAAGAUAUUACUAAUUUCACUUAUAAAGUUAACAUAACACGAUACAGUUGACUUUGGGAGGGGGUGGCAGUCUAGGCUUUUUGAUUCCAUUAAGAAAAGAUUUAUUUCUCUAAUAAAGUUUGUUAAAGAACAAAUGUACAAGUUAAGACAGUAGGUGUUUUAUCUUUGGAAAUUUGUUAAGACUUUUGUAUUUUAACUGGGAGAUUAUUUACCUCAUACGACUGAUAGAAAGUUAAGUAACAUAUUUUCUUAAAUUCACAUAUUUAAUUUGUACUUUUACUAUAUUUGUAUAUAUUUUCUUAAUAAGUUAAAUUAGGUUAGGUUUUAUAUAUUUUUUUAUCUAUAUAUAUAUAUAUAUAUAUAGAUAAUCUCUUAAUAAGUAUAUAUAUCAAAUUACAUUUUUUUUAACUUGUGGCUGUGAACCUUAGGAAGUAUCUAAGGCUGCUUUUAAGAAGUCUUUAGUUCAAAUAGCCGAUGUUACACCCAAGACACCUUCAAUUAAAAAAAUCAAUGUAGUUAAAAAGCUAACAAACGUAAAAUGUAACAAAAAUAAGGAAAAUAUUAUUGCUGAAAAAGUAAGUGUAAAUUUGUAUGAACUGCAACUGCAAUAAUAAUAAUUAUUAAUAUUAUAAUAUUUUGGGUGUUAUCUAUUUAGAUUGGAGAAAUUCAACCUUGCAAAACGGUUAACUCAUUAAAGAAACCUUUAGGAACAGUUAUACACAAAGUUAAAUUGUUCAAUCAUCUUUAUUUUGAUACAGUAUCUUUGAUGGCAGAAAAUAAAUUAAAGUAAAUAAUUUAUGGUUAUAUCAAAUAAUUGUUUAAUAAUUUGCACAAUAUUUAUAAUUAUCUAGAAUAAAUUCUGAAAGAGUACAUCCAGCUUUUAUUAAGUUUGGAAUUCAAAUGAGAACUUGUAUAGUAGUAGGUUCUAAUGCUAGAUGUCUUGCUUUCUUAUGUGCACUUAAACAGGUAGGUUGUGUGUACUGAUUUUCUAUAUUGUGUCAUAUUUAAUAAUUGAUAUUUUGCAGACAAUUUCAGAUUUUUUAACACCUGAACACAAACAGUUUUCUCGAUCUUUUGAGGAACACCUUGGCCCAGCUAUUGAUUACCUGAACACUAGCCGUCCUUUCUCAGUUUCUAUGAGUAAUGCACAUAAAUAUAUUAUGUGGCACGUAAAACGAUUACCAAACAAUAUUUCAGAUGGUCAAGUGUGUUCAUUUUUUAUUACUAAUUAUAAAAUUUUCUUAUUUUUAUUUACAAAUUAAAUUUUUUUUGUCAGGCAAAAGAGAAGUUAGAAAAUGUUAUAAAUAAUUAUAUUUAUGUCCAGAUACAUAUGGCUGGUAAAGCAAUUUGUAUCGCAGCACAAAAUAAAAUAGCAAAUGGUGAUGUUAUACUUACCUAUGGAUAGUAAGUAUUAAUAUUAUUUCUUUAAAAAAAAUUGAUACAUUAAUUUGUAUAUAUAUACAGAGUGUUUCAGAAUAUAAUGGGCAACUCUAUAGGUGGUACUCCUUAUGUGGCUCUACAGACUAGAUUAUAUUUUUUCAAUGUCAAAACUUGGGUUUACCAGUUUUCUUUAGAAAAUAUUUAUAAAAAAUAAAAAUAAAAAUAAAUAGUACCAGAGAAUUUCUUGCAAAAUUGUCUUACCGAAAAAAUGAGUUCUGUAAAAAACUGCUAUUUUUGGUUAAUCAUGUCCAAAAUCGUAAUUUAUUUAUUUAUUUUAUUUUAUAUAGAGUAAACUCAAUUUUACAAAAAGACAUUACAGCAGCAAAACGUAUGUUAUACAUCAGUAUACUAAAUUAAAAUGGUGUAAUAAUAUAUUAUAUAAUUAAUAUAUAAAUAAUAAUAAUAAAACAUAGCAAACAAACAUAUAAAAAAAUAAUCCACAUAUUGGUAUAUCAAUCAAUUACAUAAACAAGCCUAAUAAUUAAAUAAUAUCGAAAAUCCUUAACCUUAAAAAUAGAAAACAUACUAUUUAGAGACCUUAACUUAUAUCUUUAGAUACUUAAUAAUAAAAAAUAUUAUAUAAAUUAGUAAUAAUAUGAAAGUCAAUGUUUAUAAAUUUAACAUUGAGUUAAUAUCAUUUAUUGAGCAAUAAAAUAAAUCUAAAUUUAAAUCUAAUUUUCUAUUUCCAGUUAUCAUUAAAAUAUUAGCUGAAGAAGAAAAUUAAUAUUGGCUUUAACAUUAUUAAUAAAAAAUGGGUCUUUAUUUCUUGAGUUUUUAUAAUUAAUUUUUCUUGUAAUUGAGGGCAAUGCACCUUAUUAUGUAUUAAUUUAUAAAGGAAUAUUAUAUUGAAGUACUGUCAUUUUAAAUGCAUUAUUCAUGAAAACAAUUUAAAUCAGAUUGUAAAAGUAUAGUAUCUGAUUCAGAAUUAAUGGUCUUGAAAAUGUUUGCGUCAUCAGCAAAUAGUAGUAAAUUUGAAUUUUUUUAUGGCCAAGGAUAAAUCAUUGAUACAAAUAAGAAAUAAAAUAGGCAAUAAAUGAUUGUUUUAGGAAUACUGGAGUUAACUGAAAUUGAAUCAGAGUACAAAUUGCCAUAUUUUACUAUUUGAAAUCUAUUUUUUAAAAAAGAUUUAAAUCAAGAUAGUAGAGUUUAGUAUAGAUAGUAUUGUUUAAAAAUUGCCAGGUUGGUUACAGUUGAUAUUUUAGUUCUGAAGCCAUGUUGUUCAUUAAUAAGUACACUAUUUAAUAAAGAAGCAAAUUUAUCAUUAAUUAUUUUUGGAAUAAUAGAAAUUUUAGAUAUUGGUUGAUAAUUUGAAAUGGAAAAAUGAUCAUCUUUUUUAAAAAUAGGAGAGAUGUAAACUGUCUCCAAGCCGUAUAAAAUUUGCCUAAUUCUAGGGAUUUGUGAAACAGAAUGUAGGGGUUAUGUUAAUAUGAAACGACAGUUGUAUACAAAUUUUGGAGAGAUAUUAUCCGGUCUACAUUGAGGAUUUAGAUUUAAAGUAUCGAGUUCUUGAAGAAUAUCGUAGAGGGUAAUAUUAAUGUUAUAUAGAGAAAUAUAUGAAUUAAAUGGUUUGAGGUUUGUAGGAGUAUUGGGGAAAGGUUUUGUAUGUACAUCCGAAAAAUAUCUGGCAAAUAAAUUGACCCUAUAUUGGCUAUUAUCAAUUUGAACAUUAUCAAGAUGCAUUAUACUUGGAAUGGUGUUAUUUGGCUAUUGUUGAAAAAUUACCAAAAAAGCUUGGGAUUAUGUUUUAUAGAUAUUUGAAUAAUUUUUGGCUCUUAAUGAUUUACAUUGAAUUCUUAAAUUAAUGAAAUUCAAGUAAUCAUUGAAUGAGUUUGUUUAUAUUUAGAAUGUGCUUUUUUUUUUUAAGUGAUAAAGAUGUUUUAAAUUAUUACUAUCCAAUCGUCCUCACUGCGAAUGAUUACAGGCGCUCCUCCGUAUGUUUCAAACCACACCUUACACUCAGACUUAAAAAUUUUAACUGUCCAUGAAGGAGCCAAAAAUGCCUAUAGACUUUUCCGCGCGCGUCUUACAAACCACUCUAAUCCAUUAAUCUGUGCCCUAAACUCCAAUUCCAUUCCAGGUAAUCCACCUAGAAGGUUAAAGCGUAACUGGAACCGUGACCUGUAAUAGCCCUCUAUAGCCAGUAAGUGUUGCCGCUGGGUGAUUACUUCUUCAUGUCAAUCUCGCCUUUUUUCUUUUUAUUUUUUUUUUCUUAUAUAAUUCCUCAAACAUGCUUAUUGUAAAAAGUGUAUUUACAGAUUGUAUGUGUUAUAAUUAAAAUUAAAAAAAAAAAAAAAAGUUAUUACUAAACAGUGAUGGAAAAGAUGAUUUUGGCGUGACACACGAAUUUGCCUUUACAUUUACCAGGGUUUUCCAUGGAAUUAAUUAUUUUGUAUUUAAUGCGUCAAUGCCCAUUGUAGUAAAUAUGCAACAUGUUAAAAUAAUAUGUUUCCACACUACAUGCGAAUUACUAUAAAUGCGUUGCGCCGUCUAACAUAUAGUUUAAGCCCCAAUCUAUGUUUUAUAUUGAUACACAAGCGCAAAUGUUAUUAUUUUCCAUUUUGUAACAUGUUUCAAACUUGAUAACAUAAUUUAAUGGUCUUCUUCUUUUGUGGUUUUUAUUAUCUUGAUUUACAAAAUGUACUUUGAGUGAAAAAUACUAUUUUAAAUCAUCAGAGAUGAAACUUAAAAUUAUUAUAAGGUGUAUGAACAUUUUUAGUCAUUCAUAACACACAAAUAAUUAAUACUGCAGUAGUUUUACUGUAGUAAUACUAUUGUACUUUCGAUAAUUUUCUAAUACAAACUCAAACACAAGAUUUUUAAAAUUAUUUUUCCCAAAUUCAGCGCAUCAAAAUUAUUUUAAGAUACUUUUUAUGUGAAAAAAAUUUGGGCAUUGAGGGGUUAACUUCUAAUUUAAUUAUUCUAUUAAAAAAUAUGACUAAUUUGACUAUAAAAACAUGACAAUGUUUGAGGUCAUUCUAUCAACGACUUCUAAAAUUUAUUGGAGUGCGGUCUACCAGACAGUGCAUACUUUUAUAUUGUGUAAAAAAUAAUAUAUACAAGUUAUAACCAAAUCAAAUUAUAUUUUUUCAAUUUAUUCUUUAACAUUAAUGUAUAUUCUAGCAUAAAAAAAAAAUGAAAACUAAUUUUAAUUAAUUGUAAAUUUUUGUAAUUAUUUAAUAAUUUAAUACAAUCUGACAGACCGAACAUAGGUAAUUAAGGGUUAAUGAAUGUUGUAUUAAAAAGUUAUUGUAAGUGAUUUGUUUAUAGCUAAUAAUUAUAAUAAAAACAAUUUAAUUUUUGAAUUUAUUAUGUUUUUAAAAUGUAUUUUAUUUUUUGUUAGAAUUAUUAAAUUAACACUUAAAUACAAAAGAAUUGAGUAAUUAUUAAUUAAUAUAAUUACUUAAUUGACAAUAUUCUAAACAUGAAAAUAGUGGUAAUUUAUGGAACAAAUUGAUUGACCAGUUUUUGUAAAAGAAUUAAUUUUACUAAAAAUUAUCUGGUGCUAUUUAUUUUUAUUUUAGAUUCAGAAUGAAAGGGGAAAUAUUGGCUGAUUAAUGUUUUUUUUUUUUAGUUUAGCUCUUUUUCUGAAAGGAACUCUGACUGGAGUAGUACUUUAAGGAGGUCAUUUUAUGAUUUUCCCAAGGGUUUUUUUUAUAAAAAAAAAAAAAUAGAAAAAAACUGUAGAGAAACUUAGAAAAUUUACAAAAUGUGCUAUUUUCAAAUCUUAAAUAUUACGAUCUUUCAAAACAUUUAUAAUUAAACUUUGCUCAGAAUUGUUUUCACUAGCAAUAAUAAACCGUUACAUAUACAUUAAAUUUCCUCUCUUUACCCAAUCUUCCCAACUCCUAACCUACAUCCGUAGUCAAUCCAUUGUGCGAAGUAUAUCAGUUUGUUUUUGAUAAAUAUUUUUCAAAUAAUACAAUUCUAAUCAAAGUUUUGACAUUAAAAAAAAAAAAAAAAAGAGCCAUAAUCAGAGUACCAUUUCGUAUGUUAGGACAGUUUGAUACUGCUCUAGCAAAUUUGAACUGCAAACACAAUCAAAUUAUUUUUUAUCUUUUUAUCAAUAUUUUGUAUUCAAUUUAUUAUUAUUAAUAAUUAUAUAAAAUUUACGGGGGACAUUAGGAAGAAACUAUCAUUAUUAUUAUAACGUUCAUAUUCUGAAUAUUUUAAAACAAUGAUAAUUCUACAAAAACAAAUUUACGAUUUGUUAAGAAAAAUUUGUAAGGAUGGCUUACCAAAUAAUUAAAUUAUUAUUGUGAGAAACUACAGAACAGAUAAUAAAUGAAAGUAUAGAAAAGCAGACAAACUUUGCAAUUCUAAGUACCAUUAAAGUACCUGUCAUGUACAAAUAAAUAAGUAAUAAUAUAAUUUUAAAUAAUCUUAAUAUAGUAAUAAAUAAUAAUUUGAUAAUUUAUUUUGUAUGGCGUUUUACCACGAUUAUUAAGUAUACCAUAGGUAACAAUUAUUAAAAUUAUAUAAUUGUUUUAAAAUAUCUAAUAAUAAAUUAAUAAAAAAUAUUGCACUCAAAAUAAUUUGUUUGUAUUCGUGGUUCAAAUUGUGGUAUUCCAUAUUGUUGUCCAUAAUAUAUCUAUUUUAACUAAGUUUAUAUUUCUACAAAAUGCGUUUUUAUUUAAUGUAUAUACUUUUUGAAAUUUAAUAUUUUCCUUAAAAUUAAAAAAUCUAUUGUUUAAUAAGCAUUGAAUUAAUAGUUUUUUUUUUUUUAUAUAAUCAUCUAAAAUGAUUAAUAAACAUUAUAUGCAUUAUGAGCAUUGUAAACGUAAAAAAUAAUUAUAUACUUUAAGGUAAAUUAUUUAUUAUUUUCAAUUUAGUUAUUUUGUACAUUCAAUUAAAAAUAUUUGUAAAAACUUAAGCCAUUUAUAGAUAUUUUAAUUUUGCAAGUUUUUUUACAUAAUUUUCAUUUGGUAGCUCCUUUUUAGUUACUUUAACGUUGAUAUCCUAUAUUAUUGUCUGUAAAUUUGAAUUCAGGUUCAGGUUGAAUUUGAUUCAGGUUUAGGUCUAUAUUUAGAUCAUUAAUGGUUACAAUAAUUGUGAAACAUAAUACGCAUCUAUAUUAUAAUAUAGUGGCUUGAAAAUGUUCUAACAUUGGGGAUCUUAUUGAAUUUUACUUUUUUACUGAUGUCAUUCUACCUGUAUAAAUAAUAUCAUAAUAUUAUGACAAUUUUCCAAACUUUUAGUAAUGAAUGCAAUAAGUGAAAACAUAAAAUUGUACAAGGCCCCAUUAACCUCCAAGCUCUAUAAAUUUUUAAUUUGGUUCUGCUUAUUUAUUAGAUACUAAUUCUUUUGGUUUUAACUAUCGAAAUUUGUAUAACAGAGCUCACUAAUUUUUAGUUCUUCACUGGUUGAACGGAUAUUAACAGAAGCCUACUACAAUAACAAACAGUUCAGUGUUAUCAUUGUUGACUCUGCACCAUGGUAUGAAGGCCGACAAAUGCUUCACCGUCUUGUGCAGAAUGAUGUAAAGUGUACUUAUGUGCUCCUUUCAGCCACUAGUUUCAUCAUGACCAGGGCGACAAAGGUACUGCUAGGUGCACAUGCUUUGUUAGCCAAUGGCUACGUAAUGGGUCGAGCCGGAAGUUCUCAAAUAGCAUUGGUUGCUAAACAUUUUAACGUACCUGUAUUGGUGUGCUGUGAAACAUAUAAGUUUACUGAACGUGUGCAAACUGAUUCGAUUGUUUACAAUGAACUAGGUUUGAAUAUAUUAUGUACACAAGAGCAGCACUGUGAGAUCAGAUUGACUUUAAUUAAUCUUUAUUGUAGGUAACGCUCAUGAAGUUAUGCCCAAAGAACAGUGGUUGAAUAAUCGUUAUUUGACUCCAUUAUGUCUUCGAUAUGACGUGACCACUCCAGAUCUAAUAACCGCUGUAGUCACAGAAAUUGCUAUAUUACCAUGUACCAGUGUUCCGGUUGUUUUAAGAGUUCGACCAAAUGAAUACGGAACAUACAACAAAUGACAAGUCUGACUCAAAAGCAAACAGCAAAAAAUAAUUAUUUUAUGUGUUUAUUAUUAUAUUUUUUUAAUUUUUUCACUUUAUAUUGAUUUUAUUAAGAUAAUAUAAUUUAUUUUCUGUUGUACAAUGUUCCGAGUGUAAACAAUAUAAUAACGACUUUUCGAGUAUCAGUCAGUUUACUGCCCAUACAUACAUACAUACAUAGUACAUACUAAAUUCAAUGCAAUAAAGCUAAAUUUUGAAAUAACAUUAAACGUUGGGUAACAAUAUUGUUUGUUUUGGAACAAUCUAAUAAUAAUAAUUCAAUAAUAUAUAUACGAGCCACAUAAUAUUGUAUAAUAUAUAUAUGUGAGUGUGUGAAUAUAUAUAAUACAUAUAUAUUAUGUAUAAUGAUUAAAAAGAAAGUUAAUUUUUACAAAAGUAAGAAAUAUUAGAUUCGAUUCUUAAACUAAUUGUAUAAUACAAGUUAUUAAAACAUAGUUUAAAAAAUUUGUUCAUAAUGUAGGCGUAAUAUUAAUAAUCGUUGUCUUACUUACUACAUUACUGACAAAUAGUAUUAUUAAAAAAAAAAAAAAAAAUGACCAAUGUACCAAAAAUAUGCUAAGUUUAUAUUAUUAUUUUCUUGUACGUUUAAGUAUACAAAAUUUAAAACUUUACUUUAUAUAAAUCAUUUUUAUACAACACAAUCUUAAAAAAUCAAAACAAAAAUUAACUCCGAGGAACUAAAAACUGGUAGCACUGUUUAACCUUUAUAUAUAUGAAAAAUAUACAAGUCUAUAAUUUAAAGAAUAAAUUAUUUACAUUCUUAAUGACAGCAUUAAAAAUAAAAUAAACAGGACUAAUUUAAAAUUAUGAUAUGAAAAACAACAAAAAUAUAUUUAUAAUUGUGUUUUUUUUUUACAUUUUACACAAACACCAGACAUGAUUUAGUAAAUUAACUUAAUGAGUUAUAUUAUAUAUACAUAUAAAAACAAUUGGCAAUUUCUGAUUAUUAAAUACAUAAUCAAUCAGUUUGUCACCCUAAAACCAUGCAUCAAGAUUAGCAAAAAGAAAAACCGUAUUAGAAUAAAUCUAGGGUUAUCAAAGAUAAUUGUAAAUUCACAAAGAAAAAAAAAAUGGCCAAUUCCUCUCACUUGAUAUCUCUGGCUCUCAAAAACAAUACUAUCUAUAAACUAAUAAAAUAACAGUCAAAAGUCUGUCACAAAUUAUUUAUUUAUAUAAACUAUACACCAGGCACACAUAUAGGGGAGAAUAUAAAGGUUUAACCCUAACUUCCACUGAAAUUUGAAAAACACAUUAUAAUAUAUUAGUUAUAUAGUUAAAAAGUGUUAACUUAUAAACCUCUCCCGAAAUAUUGUUCUAUUUAUGUGGCCUGAUAUAUAACAUAUCCAUAUUAUAUAUAGAUAAAACCGCACAAGACUAAUUUUUCAUUUUAUAUACAUUUAAACAGAUAAAUAAUAGUAAUUUUGCAUACAAUUUACAAGGCAAUUUACAAAACAAGUUUUUUAAGUGCACACUUAUUCAAACUAUCACUUUUUUAAAUCAGUAAAAAAUAUUUAUGUUUCCUAUUCUUGAUGUGUUAUUGCCAAUAAUUUUCAAUUUGAAUCCUACAAACAUUUAAAAAUAGUUACUUUUUUAUAACUACAUUUAAAUAUACUUUAAAAGUAUUAUGAUAAAAAAUUAGGAACCUAGAAAAAUUGUUUAAACUUAAAAUAUUAUAAAUUAAUCUCUUUUUGUUUUUAAUAUAUUAAUCAUUAUUUAUUGUGUUUGCCCUAUUAAUACUUUAAUAGUUAUAUAAUAAAUAAGUGAAAUAAUUAAUAAAAUUACAAUUUUAAUAAUAUACAAAAAUAAAUCUAAUCUGUGUUGAGUUUGUUCAAUAGUAAUUAUAAUCAUUGAUCUAGUGUCUAAUCUUGUGCAACAUGAGUACAUUUUCUCAUCCUAAUAUCAAAUAAAAUAAAUACAAAAAUAUACAUAAUGUUAAAAAAAGAAAUAACUAUGAAUUGUUAUAAUCAUGAAUAAAUUAGUUAGUUUUUUAGUAUUUAAAAGUGAUGUUUUCUUAGUUUGUACAAUUAUGGCAUAAAUUUGUACAAGAAAAAGCCUUUGUAGGCAACGGCAAGAAUAGUUUUAGGAAUAUAUACUUGGUCUUCAAAAUGAACCUCAGUAUUGCAAAAUGAAAAUCAAUCGCUAAAGAACUUAGGGGUUUCAACAAAUUAAAGUAAAUAAUUACAGUAAAAAUACAUAGUCAAUAUAAAUUGACAGGAUUUAUCUUUAAUGCAAAUUAAUGCCUAAAUUAUUUUAAAACUAGACAUAAACAUUUUUUUAUAUUAACAUCAUCACACUAAGUUAUUUUUUUAAAAUAUAUAUAUAUUCCAAUUUUUAAACUACAAUAAUUAUUAUAUGUAUAUUAUUAUAUGUUAUUAAUUUAUGAAAACAAUAAUUUUUUUUAAAGUUAGAUUAAAAAUAUUCUAAAAUAAUCUAAAUACAUUAUACCCUAUUUGAUCGUCAAAACCACGUCAAUUGUAUAAAUCAUAAAUUCAGAUUUUUUUAAAACGGGUUAAAUCAAAAAAGUAUCAAAGAUAUAGUGAUGAUGUCAAUAAUAUUAAUUUGUUUGAUAAUAAUGACGUUUUAGUUUAAUACUAGGAUAUCAAACGCAUAUUAUCUACAAUAAAACAAGACUAUACAAAUUUUCUAAUUCUUCAGAAAUACCUACUCAUUUAAUACAGAAGAAAUAGGUUUAUGCUCGUGUGUUUUGCGGUGGACCCAGCAUCAUGGGCGUAAGGUGGGUUAAUGGUGUUGGACCAUCUGUACUAUGCGGCGGAGGCCCCAAAAAGCGAGGCCCAUUUUUGGUAGUUGGCAAUAUGCUGAUUUCACGAGGAUCAAAUCUAAAAACGUUUUGAACUAUC